AAGGGCCCAGCGCCAUUUUCACUCUCUGUCACAUCAAGAAUUUGUUUAGAUACCGAGCGUCCCGAUGACCAGGUAUGGCCUGUACCGAUAGCUGUGUACUGGAGAGUAGUCACCGCUUCUCAUCAAUGUGCUGUGCCCCGAGCAAGAGAAACGUCGGAAGAGCUGAAGUCCGCCCCGCUGCUGCCUUCCUCGGCUUUCACCGGAAUAUUCACGAGCCUCCUGCCCAGGAAACCGCCUGUAACUUCUGCUGGAGCGCCGUGGUCACCGGCUGAGCCCUCGUACUUUACAGAAUGGGAUUUGACUACCUGAACUUUUGCUCCUACUGGAGAAAUCUGACAUUUCCUCGGACCUGUUGGCAUAAAGGCACCGCUUUCCAGUUUGAGGUGGUGAAGAAUUAUCCACAUCCACAAAUUGUCCUCACCGACCUGGGCACAGACAUGGUCCUAGUCACAAUGGCUGCCAGAAUCAUGCAGUCUAUGAUGUCAUUGGGCAAGAACAUCCUGCAGAAAAGAGCUUAUUGGAGGAUGUUUCCUCGUGUCUGUAUGAGCAAGGCCGUACGAGCUGCGGUGUGGGCGUGCUGGAGUGUUCUGGACCUUUUAUUACCAUUACUAAUGACUACGGUGUAUGUUUACAAGAAUCAGUCAAGGUAUAAGACGGUGUGUAAUAGUGAGCAGCCUAUGAAUACAGUCACUAUAAAGUGUCACUGGGGAGGUCAGACUGAACCAGUCGAAAAGAUGAUCGAUGAAGAGUUAUACAACUUAAAGAUGGCGGCCGUUAAAGAAGUUGCAAAUAUGGAGGGGGGUUAUGAAUGUGAACAGUUGUCCAAAAUGGACGCCAUGCUAAGCAAAGAGAUUCUUCUACCAUCCUGUACGAACCCCGUCAUUCUGUCAAUGAUCUGCAUGCCAGCAGAACAUACGGACUCCUCGGAGUCCGAUGUGGACAGUGUUGAUGAAAAUUUGGACGACAAUUGUUACCAAGAAGACAUGUCUGUGGACAGUGGUAUGCAAGAGUCCUGGACUCCUAAGUCCAAGUUUGAAGAGGAUUGUGAUGAGGAAAGUGACUGGUCUGAUGAUGACGACUCUUGGGAUGAAGAGAGUAAUUCAUGUAAGGAAGAUGAAGACUUAUGGGCAUCGUUCUGUCGCAGUGAUGACCCAUAUAAUCUCCUUUCUUUUGCCAUGCCCACGAAAAGUCCUGAGAAGCCAAAGAAAGGGGCCUGUAUUGAAAGUGUGGAAAUACAGGGUAGUUUGGAUUGUAACAAAGUUGAAUGUGUGACUGUUCCCGAAAAGAGGAUGUUGUGCAAGAAACCAGUGCUGUCUGGGUACAAGUCUUCUCACAAGUGUACGCUGCCAGGGGAGGAGGCAGAAGAAGGCAACCAAAGCACUAAGAAAGUUCGUUUUUCACCUAAAGUCACUGUCCACCCUAUCAUUACAUGGAGCUUUGCUCACAGAAUGGCCCGGAAAGGACCAUGGGAAGAGUAUGCCCGGGAUCGCUGCCGCUUCCAGAAAAGGAUUGCAGAGACGGAGGCUGCCAUCGGCUCCUGUCUAGACCCUCAUCACAGAGACAAGAUCCGAGCUAGGCUACAAAGCCAACAAGACUGAAAUCCCAAUCCCUUGUGGAUGGUUAUGGACAAUUGGACUUCAUUCUUAGAAUAUACUGUUUGACAACCUUCUUAGUUCCUGACUUGUAAUAUUUUGCACCCUCUGGCCCUCAUUUACUAAGAGUGUUGUGUAGGUUUCUUUGUGGGUUUUAAUUCCCUACAAUUUAUUUUCCAUGGUAUUUACUAAGGUUUCCCUACAGUUUCCACUUUCCCUACAUUUUGCUUUUUUUUACACCUGCUCUGAUCUGUAGUGUUUUCCUCAGCUCAAAUCCACCACAUUUUAUGUGGAAACCUUAGUAAAUAUGUUGGGUUUUUGUGAAAAUGUUGGGAACACGGCCCUUUCCGGAGACCACGCCCCCUUUCCCCGGCGGCCACACCCCUUUUUAGGGUUUUCUUAGCAAAAUGGAGAGUUAGUCGAGGUUUCUUCAAUUCUGGCGCAGACAGAAUUUCUGGCGCAAUGCGACAGAAUCUGGCGCACAACCCGACAAAACAUGUCGGGUUUGCGAUAGUAAAUGAGGGCCUCCGUGUUGGGGACAUCCUUAUAAUUAGAGUUGAGUGAACUUACAGUAAAUUGGCUCAUAGCGAACCACACAGCUCGGCUCUUGAUUACUUUAGUCUGCGUAAAUUAGUUCAGCUUUACAAA